AUGUAUAUACCUCGUCUGACAUCAAAUGUGUCGAGAUUGGCACGAACGAGAUGCUUCUCGACCUCGGUAUCAAGGCGUUCUUAUGAAGACACAGUCCAGAACCUGAAAAUCGGAAAACAUACCAGAGUUCUAUACCAAGGAUUUACCGGGAAGGUCGCAACACAAAACGCCAAGGAAUCUCUCGAAUAUGGUACCAACAUUGUUGGCGGCGUGAAACCUGGAGGCAGUAGAGAACAUCUUGGCUUACCGGUCUUGCCUACUGUCAGAGAGGCAAAGGAACAAUUGAAGCCGGAUGCUACUGCAAUCUACGUGGCUGCUCCUCAUGCAGGCAAGGCCAUCGAGGAAGCCAUUGAGGCAGAGAUUCCAUUGAUCGUCGCGGUAGCCGAGCAUAUUCCCCUUCACGAUAUUCUACGAAUUAUGUCAAUCUUGAAGACGCAGUCAAAGAGUCGACUAGUUGGUGCAAACGCGCCAGGCAUCAUAUCAGCGAUCGGCAACUGUAGGAUAGGCUUCCAACCACUACCUACAUUCUCUCCUGGACAUGUCGGUAUCGUAGCCAAGUCAGGCACUCUGAGCUAUGAGACAGUGGCUUCAAUCACUCGUGCUGGACUCGGUCAGAGUCUGUGCAUUGGCAUGGGAGGCGAUGUUGUAGCAGGCACCAACUUCGUUGACGCUUUGCGAGUCUUCGAGACCGAUGAUGAUACCGAAGCCAUAGUACUUGUUGGUGAAGUAGGUGGAAGUGCCGAGCUGGAGGCGGCAGACUGGAUCAAGGACUACUACCGCCGUGAAAAGAACCCAAAACCCAUCGCUGCUCUUGUCGGAGGCAGAAUGUCACCUGCUGGUCGAGUAAUGGGACACGCAGGUGCCUGGGCCGGUGUUGGCGAGGCCACUGCUGAGGAGAAGUACAAGAUCCUGCAGGAUGCAGGCGCCACUAUGGUUGAUCACCCUGAGAAGUUUGGCAAUGUCAUGAAGAGCUUGUUGAAACAAGCUGGAAAGGAUGUGAGCAAGAUCCAAGCAUCUGCCGCGGCUAAUCAGCGAAGAGGUAUGCACACUAUGAGGCAGGUGCGGCCAACGAUUGCCUCGCAAACCUCCAGAUUCAACCCAAAUCAACAGCGGAGUUUGCAUCUUCGCGACCAAAAGGCGGUAGAACAUCUCAACAAAUCCUUGGAAGGCUUUAACAUCUCAGAAGAGACGCCAAACGAUGCAGACAGUGUGUACUUGAGCAUCUCGGUUGAUCGUUCCAGCCGCUCUCCUUGCAUCAUUGCUUCUCCAUCUACAAAUCCUCGCAAGCUUCACCAUCGCCUGCGUCGCUUCCCAUACCCCUACUUGGAAGGUCCAGAUCAAAAAACCAUUCUGGCGGCCAUCCAGCAUCUUCAGCUCGAUGCCGCACCCCCUGCCGCUCACGCACAAACCGCCAAACUCAUAUCUCGUCUCGCAAACCUGUAUCGCGAGCAAGAAGCCGUAAGCCUGACUGUCAGCCUCUCGGUCUCCUCUUCAGGCUCCUUAAACCUCUCACAUCCCCAACUAUUCUACGACGACGCUGCGUUCAGGUCCAACAAGAGACAUCUCGAACUACACGCCCUUCGCGACGUUUCUCAAGAGCCUGCCGUCGAAGUCGAAGCCGAGAAGUCAGGCAUCGUGUUCGUGAAGCUCAACUCCGCCGAUGACACAGCAAACAUUGGCACCCUAGUCAACGGAGCAGGCCUAGCCAUGAACACCGUCGAUGCCCUCGCCCUCCCACCUCACAACGGCAAAUGCGCAAACUUCCUCGACACCGGCGGCAAAGCAACCUCAGAAACCGUAAAGACGUCUUUCGAGCUCAUUCUCAAGGAUCCCCGCGUCAAAGUCAUCUUUGUGAAUAUCUUUGGUGGGUUGACUGAUUGUGGUAUGAUUGCUGAUGGUGUGAUUAUGGCGUUUGAAAAAGUGGAUAUGCAGGGUAAGCCAGUGGUGGUGAGAUUGAGAGGUACGAAUGAGGAGGUGGGUCAGAAGAAGAUUGCGGAGAGUGGGUUGCCGCUUGAGGCAUUUGAUGGGUUCCAUGAGGCUGCGCAGAGGGUGGUUGAGUUGGCUAACAAGUCAUGA